CUUGCGUAGAAACCACCACUCACUCGCUAAUGAAAAUUUUUUUAUAUUUUUUCAUCUAUCCUCAAAAGCUAUAAGCUCACCAAUUUCAUCAAUAGUCACACUAUCAAUACACCGAGUACCUGAAAGGCUUUACAAUGCCUUCGGUCCGGAGGAUGAUUCUCGGGCAUGUAAUGUCUGGAAUUUGCUCUAAAAUGAAUCGAGUGAAACGUCUGGAUGGUGAUGGAAUGGAGACACCUUUAAAAAGAUGUUUGACUACUUUUGAUAUGACAUUUUUGGGUGUUGGUCAUAUGAUGGGAGCCGGUAUUUAUGUCCUGACUGGCCAAGUAGCUCAUUCAAUAGCUGGACCCGCAAUAAUAAUAAGUUUCGCAUUGGCUGGACUGGCAUCAGCUUUUGCCGCCUACUGUUAUGCUGAAUUCGGUGCUCGUGUCCCAAAAGCUGGAAGCGCUUAUGUCUACACUUAUGUGACAAUUGGCGAGUUCUGGGCAUUCGUAAUUGGUUGGAAUAUUAUUUUGGAACAUAUGAUAGGUGCUGCUUCAGUAGCAAGAGCUUGGAGUGGUUACGUAGAUUCAUUGACAGGAGGAACACUUAGCAAUCUUACAAGUGAUCUUAUGAGUGGACACGAGAUGAGCGCAUCUCUUGGCCAUAUACCAGAUCCAUUGGCUUGCAUACUCUGUCUAGUAUACGCUCUUAUUCUUGGCUCUGGUGUAAAAGUAUCAUCACGUCUGAAUUCUGUUCUUACUAUGGUCAAUCUUGGUGUUAUUGGCUUGGUGAUUGGACUCGGAUGUCAGUAUGCCAAUUUUGGUAACUGGACCGAUGAAAAACAUUAUGGGUUUAUGCCUUUUGGUAUUGCUGGUGUUAUGGCAGGUGCUGCGAAAUGUUUCUAUGCAUUUGUUGGAUUUGAUUCAAUCGCAAGCUGCGGCGAAGAAGCGCGAAACCCAAGCAAAAGUAUACCACGAGCAACAUCAUUUUCAAUGAUAAUUGUCGUGAUUGGUUACAUACUACUCAGCGGAAUGCUAACGCUAGUUGUUCCUUACUGGGAAAUAAAUCCAACUGCAGCAUUAUCUGAGGCAUUCGCAUCCCGAGGCGUCACCUGGGCUAAUUAUGUCAUCAGCAUUGGAGCGCUCUGUGGGAUGACAACGACUCUCUUUGGGUCAUUAUUCUCACUUCCAAGAAUAAUUUACGCCAUGGCCAGUGAUGGUCUAAUCUUCUCAUUCCUCGGUCGUGUCAAUGAACGAACACAGCUACCGAUUAUUAAUCUAGCCAUCAGCGGUGUCAUGUGUUCUGUAAUAGCUCUGCUGUUUGAUCUAGCACAUCUCGUAGAAUUCAUGUCCAUCGGGACUUUCCUUGCCUACACUAUUGUCUCGGCAAGUGUAAUUAUUUUACGAUACAGGCCCAUCAAUGAUAUUCCACAUUUUAUUCCAACAAAGACACAUGAAGCCGAAUCGCCGAGUGACACUAGUAGCACCAGCAGUCUAACAGAUUCAUCACCCGACGACUCGGAGCUUAUUGAGAGCCAAAAAGUUAAUCCUGUUGGCAGACUGAAGAAACAUUACGCUAAAUUAGCUAAUAUUAUUGGAAAUUGGGAACCGGGAACCGCUGUAAUGGCAGCGUUAAUAAUUUACAUUGCUGGAUGCAUUUGUAUUUCAGUACUUUUACUUGGUCUUACAUCACCGUUUGAUCAAGAACCAUCUUGGUGGAAUAAUUUACUCUAUUUCUUCGUUUCAUUGAUUAUGGUUGCCUGUUUACUGGUUAUUGGAGCACACGAACAAUGCCCAGCCGUUGAUGAUAAAUUCCGGGUACAUUUUGUACCUUUAGUUCCUGCAAUCAGUAUUUAUAUUAACAUUCUUCUCAUGAGUCAUUUGCAAUUACUUACGUGGCUUCGCUUCUUUGUGUGGAUGUUUCUAGGUAUUUUAAUUUAUUUCCUCUAUGGAAUUCAUCACAGCAAAGAAGCAGGUCCUAAUUCUUAUUCUGUUCUGAUGACAAGAUUUGAAGAAGAACAAGCUCAAUCGAGGAAUAAAGUUAACUCUGGCUUAAGAUUUAAACCAACUCGGUUAUUGAAUUCGAAAAAGAAUUCUGAUAAGCAACCUAUCCUCAAUUCCGAUUCAUAUCGUUAAAACCAAUUCAGUAUUAUUAAUUAAUUACUGUUAUUAUUUAUCAGUUAUUAUAUUUUAUCAAAUAUAAAACACAUGCUGGUACAUUGUAAAGACUGGAUUAUUUAAAUUAAACUUGUCACAAAUUGUAAUUGUUAAUUAAAAGUCGCUGUACGUACAAAUUGCAGUUCUAUAGAAAAAUAUCUACAUAUUAUAAAUGUGUAUCAAUUGCAUUAACUGUCUUCAUACUAUAAAAAAUGUAAUUAUUGUCUCGUAGGCCUAUUAAUAUUUAAAAAAAAAAAAAGUAUUUAUGAAACUGUUGAAACAAUUGUAAAUGAUAUAUAAAAUGUAUAAUAAAUCAUUAUUUUAUUUCGAUA